AUGAGUUUCAAGGGCUUCUCCAAGAGCUUGACGCGGGCACCGCAACAGAUCAAGUCCAAGUUCAACAUUGGCGAGUCCACGAAAGACGCCGUAUACAUCGAUGCCGAACGACGCUUUCAGGAGCUUGAGAACGAGACCAAAAAGCUCCACAAUGAGUCGCAAAAGUACUUUGAGGCCAUCAAUGGCAUGCUCAGCAACCAGAUCGAGUUCUCCAAGGCCAUGACGGAAAUCUACAAGCCCAUCUCGGGACGCAUGUCGGACCCUGAUGACAGGAAGAUCGAGGGCAGCCCGGAGGGUAUCCAGGCGUGCGAGGAAUACGAGGCCGUCGUCAAGGAGCUGCAGGAGACGUUGGCGCCUGAGCUGGAGAUGAUUGAUACUAGGGUUAUCCGCCCCGCAAACGAGCUUCUCGACGUCAUCAAGGUCAUCCGAAAGACCGCGGUCAAGCGUGACCACAAGCAGCUCGACUACGAUCGGCAUCGGGCGACCCUCAAGAAGCUGCAGGACAAGAAGGAGCGCAGCGCCAAAGACGAGAAGGCCAUGUGGAAGGCCGAGGGUGAUGUUGAGGCGGCGACGCAGGACUUUGAGUACUUCAACGACUUGCUCAAGGACGAGCUGCCGAAGCUGUUUGCCCUCGAGCGCGAAUUCAUCCAACCCCUCUUCCAGUCCUUCUACUACAUGCAGCUCAACAUCUUCUACACGCUACACGAGCGCAUGCAGCGCUGCGACAUUGGCUACUUCAACCUCACGCUCGAUAUAGAGGACGCUUUCCACGAGAAGAGAGGAGAUAUCCAGGAGCGUGCGGAGGCUCUGUCCAUCGUGCGCUUCAAGACGACGGGCCAGCGACGACCCAUUCGUUAUGGUGGCCGACCAGCCCUCGAAGGUUCCAAGCCCCAGAACCUGCUCACACAGGGAGAGUCAACGCCGGAAAAGGCGAGCCCCAAACUAGGCGGAUACUCGCCCGGCGGCGCGGAGGCUGCCGAACCCGCAGCACCACCUCCAUAUUCCCCUGGCCAACAGACAAACCUUUCAGCCAUUGCCGCCGCGAAGCCCAAACCGCCACCACCCAAACCCAAGCCCUCGCGCCUCACCAAUGCCCCCGCCGCAGAGAUGUGCACCGCGCUGUACGACUACGCAGCGCAGGCGGAUGGAGAUUUGAGCUUCCACGCCGGUGAUUCGAUUGAGAUUGUGCAACGGACCGCGAAUGAGAAUGAGUGGUGGACUGGUAAACUCAACGGGAAGCAGGGCCAGUUCCCGGGCAAUUAUGUUAGACUUGGUUAA